AUGGGAGGUUCAGACCCACCAAGCAGUGCGUCAUGCGAACGCUGCAAGCAGCGGAAAACACGGUGCGACCGUAGGCAUCCAACCUGCCAGCGGUGCGAGAGACUUGGGGUGAGCUGCGAGUAUGCUGGCCGAAGAAAGCCAGGAUUUCCCGCCGGCCACCGGCAAUUGCUGGAGGAGAAACUUCGAAAACUUGAAGAAGAGCUGCAGAGUCUUCGUGGUGGGGGAGGUGGUAGUAGAAGCGGCGGCGUACGUACCAACUUUGACAUGCAUGACAUCGAUAGCUCCGAAUCCCCCCAUGGGCUGCGUGCAACUCGGUCUCCAGUCGACGAGGCUCCUGGACCAACGUCGCAAAGAACUCGACAGAUUCAAGAGCGACGGCCUCCGACCGACCUCGUUAUGUCCUUAACGUCCUUGUUUUUCCGCCAUAUCCACCCCUGGUUCCCAUUCCUGGACAUCCAACGGGUAUGCAUCGCAAUGAGCGCAUCGGAUGAUCCCACACUUCUACAUUACGCGCUCUUCGGCGUUAGCCUACCCUAUUCCUUUGACUCGCGACUGGAUCAAAAGUCUAGCGACUCCUUUUGGAAAUAUGCCAAGCGCCAGAUCCUAUUGGAGGUCCUUGAAGAGCCCUCAUUCAAUUCUUUAGAAGCCUUGACAGUCUUGAUCCUGGAUUUGUCGGGGAUGACUACUGGACCGCAAGUCUGGGGACCUUUAGCAAUUGCCACCACACUCCUGGUCAAACUGCAUAACGGAGGGGCGCCAGUCUUCCGAACGUCUAUUGCUGAGAGUGACAGCAAUGCGUUGAGUAGCGUUGAUCAAUUGUACCGGCAGAAGCUGUUCUGGGCUAUAUAUAUGCUCGACUGUUACAUUUAUAUCACAACGAGCCGUCCAUCAUGCCUAAGAAAUGAACAGGUGGAUAGUAUCUUCUACACCAGACAGCUCAUAUGGCGAAUGCCAGCCUCCGAUACGACGCUGACACCACUUUAUGUUUGCGGCUAUCAGUUGCGGCUACUCGAUGUGUCCAGGAAGCUACACAUGCUACACCUCGAAUACGCAUCUUUGAGACAGGACAGCGACUCCUUUUUCAAUUGGUUUGAUCAGUUCCAGAGAUGUUCUACAGAGUUGACUGAUUGGGUCCAAGGCCUACCAUCAUGUAUCCAGCUAAAUAUCAGGGACGAUGGCACGCUGACGGCCGCGGCGCUCAAUUUUGUGCCAUCAAUUGUCAUGCUUCACGCAUACUACCAUGCUCUGGUCAUUCAUACUCACUGUUUGCUGAGCGACCCACCGUACGAAGCGCUGCUGUCACAACCGUUUGAUGAUACACGAGCAGACAGCCAAGUUCGUUGCGUAUGCAGUGUCAACAUCUUGACCGAUAUUGCCUCUCGCUGGACAGCUAAAAGUUAUGACAAGCUCGGAUGGCCGAUAGCAUGGGCUGUCUGGAUCGGCGCUCGUUAUCUACUAGUGCAAGAGACUCAUGGCAGACACUUGGCGCCAGAGAAAUUCUCCAUCUUACUGAAUUGCUUACGGAGAAUGAGCCCAUAUUGGCAAAUCAGUGGCAAGUACUGGAGGCUGCUUAAACAAGCCACCACAGAACUCCAAGCUGGGAACCUGCCCAACGCACACGGCGAAGGGGGGAUCCUCCGACUUCUAGCCGACUUCCGCAUUUCGACAGCGGAUCUGGAGGAUCAGUUCCGAGUUGAUCCGAUCCUACGAUAUGAAUCCACUGGGGAGAAUCCUAGUUCUGUUACAAACAACAUCUUAGAUCCAGACAGACACCCAACCCUGCCUGAAAACAAUUAUUUCAACCUGACAGACCCGACAUCAGACAACUGGUUUCAUAUUCCUUUGUUCAGUUCUUCGGCUUACCAGCAGGACCAUGAUGAGUCCCUAUAG